AUGAAUGACCAAGAGCUGGACAACAUCAUAUUGGCUAUCAAAAAUCAGAUGCCAAAUGCUGGCUAUCGAAUGGUUCAAGGACAUUUGGUUUCUAUGGGCCCUCUCUCCCUUGUCCACAUAGACACAAAUCACAAGCUAAUAAGGUACAAUGUUGUGAUCUUUGGUGGAGUGGAUGGCUACUCAAGGAAGGUCCUGUACUUGGAUGCAGCAACUAACAACAGGGCAAAAACUGCAUUCUCAUUUUUCCUGAGAUCAGCCCAGCUUCACGGCUUGCCAUCAAGGGUUAGGGCAGAUCAAGGAGUAGAAAACCUGGACAUUGCACAUUUCAUGUUUGCCACAAGAGGAACAGGGAGAGCGAGUUUCAUAUCUGGAAAGAGUGUCCACAAUCAGAGAGUAGAACGACUUUGGCGUGAUGUCUGGAUUGCAGUCACUAGCAAGUACCAUGAUGUUCUUCACUCACUUGAGGAGGAUGGCCUGCUUGACAUUUCAGAUGUCAUUCAUCUCUUUGGUGUCCACUACAUCUUUGUCCCUCGACUCCGAGCAGAUCUUGUCACCUUUGUUGGAGGAUGGAAUAAUCAUCCCCUCAGGACAGAAGGUGGUCUCACUCCUGAACAGCUCUGGUGUAUGGGACAUCUACAAGAGCUGGAUGAGGGCGAGAGACUUGAGGAGCUUCAGGAUCCAGGCAUUGACUGGGAGAGUGCUGUACUGCAAGAAGAAUCUAACAGCACAGUUGUGGUUCCUGAAAUUGAAUGCCCACUGGAUGAGGAAACCCUGGAGGGACUUCAGAGAACAAUUAAUCCCUUGGAACAUUCAGAAUCUUACGGUCGUGACCUGUAUAUACAAUUCUUGCUACUGGUGUCAAACCAACAGUGA